CCCGCUCCUCUCCGCCGGACGGCGUGGCUUCAGCUGAGGCAGGGAAGAGAGGCGCUGUCAGCGGACCGCCGCUCCGGGACUGAUGUGAGACGCGUCUCCCCGGUGUUUCCUCGGUCUGCCGGUAGAUAUAUUCAUUAAUUCAUUAAUUCUUGUGCCGGUGGAGCUGCGUGGAGCUGCGUGAGGCUGCGUGAAGCUGCAUGGCACGUUCCAGAUGGACACGACCACAGUGUGAUUAACGCUGCCUCAAAGUGCCGCAAUGCUCGUCUCCCCCGUCCGGACCCGCGCUGCUCGCCCCGGUGCCGGACCGUAGCCCGUUCGCCCCUCCUGGUCGGUCCGAGCGGCGGUCAGCAGCGGUGCGCCCCGGUUCCCCCGCAGCCGGCGCCGGGAGCAGGAUGGCCGCCCGCCGCGGCUGCGUCAACUCGCUGUGGUCGGGCACCGAGCGCGUCCGCAUCGGGGAGCGCCUCAAGGCGACGCUGGCCGGCGUGCUGGAGCUGGAGGUGCUCAGGUGCAAGCACCUGGAGAUGGUGGACGGCGCGCUGGAUGAGCGAGACCCCGCCGCCACCAGCACCGAGGAGGAGGAGGAGGAGGAGGAGGAGGAGGAGGAAGGCAGCGGGACCCCGGAAAGCGCCGCCUCGGAUGCCGAGCAUGGCUCUGCGACAUCCCGCAGGCAACAGGCUGCUUCUCCCUCGGAUACGCCGGCCCUGCCCUGUCAGAGCAGCCCGGAGGACUGUGGCAGUAGCUCGGGUGAUGGGACGGCUCACUUCUCCUCGGGCAGGGGGAGCAACUCGCGCUGGUCCACUCUGUCGUGGGACGCUCCGUCUGACCUGCUCUCCCCCCUGACCCCCGACCCCAGUGGUUUAGUCCACCUCGAUAGCGACUCCAGACCGAGUUCAGGUUUCUAUUCAGUGAGUGGAAGCUCGCUGUCCGACUCGUGCUACUCGGUGUCCAGUGAAGCUGCUCACGGAGGGCCGGCGCCACCUGCCAGACCCCAGAAGCUUUGGGAACAGACUCCGCUGCCCACUGACAGCUUGUGGUCGGAAGGUGCCGUUCCCGUACAGCAGCCUGCACCCCAAAGCAGCCAGGAGGACUCCGCAACACCGGAAAAGACCCCCGUUUCAGUCCAUAGUGACCUUGAGGCAACUGGUCUGAGGUUUCUGUCUGACCUUUGCUCAGGACUUGGUGACUCUCUGAUUUCUUCCCUCGUGCCGCUUCUCAAUCCUGCGUCCCCUUCCUCCUCGCUGCAUUCAAAACCUCAGCUGGACCCUCGCUACUGCACAGACCUGGUGUCCCGCCGGACCAAAGAGGUGUACUCCUACCCCAGCCCACUGCACGCUGUUGCCCUCCAGAGCCCCCUCUUUACCUCCCAAAGCCAGGAACAAUCAGCCUCUGCAAGUCCUGAGGGACUGCAGCAAAAUGAGGAAGAGUCCGGCGCUGACCCGACUCUUCCCGUCCAACCUCAGCAGCGUCCCGCGCCGCCCUCCUUUAGCAAGUUGGAGCAGUACAUUUUUCGGCUCGCUCGCCAGUACCACGGCCGGGCGACCUCCUCCAACUGUGACAUCCCUUCAACUGCCACCCCCGGUCCAGCGACCCACAGAGGUAUUGGUACUCCAGGGAAAAGCCAUGGCUCCACUCAGUCCCUUUCUGCCUUUGAGAGCCGCAGUACGCCCUCCACCCUUCCAGGGGGCAGCAUUACACCCUGCAAGUCACUGCUGGGUAACUCAGCCAGGGUCAGCCUUAGCACCACUGGGAAAAAAGCCACCAGGAAUUCAAUCAACCUGGGUAACCUUCCUUCAGCCACCGGAGAAGACUUGAGCAUAAAUCUGCAUCUGAACCUCAACCUGAACCUGACUCCUGGUCUAAAUUCCAGCUGUGGACUGGUGGAUAAUCCCAAAAAUGGAAGCUGUGGAGCUUCUGCCUCAUCACUUGCUUCAGCAACACCCACUCCGGCGCUGCGUUCACGACCUCGCAUUUCAACUUGUCCGAGCAGCCUGAACCACCGCAGCUCCCUGGAGGUGCCUUCAGGAUCUGGAGCCAGUUCGGCGUUCGGUUCUUCGGCCUUCUGCCGGUCUUUAGACUGGGGCCCCGCCGCACCGCCCGAGACUGGACUGUCAGUGUUUGGUCCGAGCGCCGGGUCGGCUCCCGGCUCCCAGCGCAGCAGCUUGAUACAGGAGCCCAGCACCAGUCCUAAGCUGAGCGAGGACUCCCCCAUGGUGGGGGAGAUAUCCCGCCUCUCCGGCUUGUCCCGGGCUGUUGUGGUUGGACUCAUGGAGCAAGGCGUGGAGUUGGACAUAGACUGCUUCCAAACUGAUCCUGCAGGUGAGGUUAGGGGCCACAGUAGAACUCACCUGACAGCCCAGCCGGAGCACGAGUACAGCGGAAUAACCGAGCUCAGCCCCCAGAGACCCAUACAGCUCUCUCUCAGUGUCACCCAUUCCCCGCAGUCCCAGUCCAGCCUCACCCCUCCCCUCUCACAUGCCAGCAGCCCGAUCCACCCCUACCAGUCCAUCCACAUCCCUUCUCCUCACUACUCCUCGCACUGUCACUACCAGCAAGUUCCUUACUCGUCCGACCUCCCCUCCUCCACAGCAUCCUCUCCCGCCUCCCGCCCGACCCCACGGGGUCGCUCUCCCCCACGCCCUCUCCAGCCAUCCCCGCUGGGUGCCACCCCUCUCUCAGUUUUCCGAAGGGAUGCACCCUUCCAGUGUUCCCUUCCCCGGACCAUGACCAGGACGUCUCCCAUGGAGCACGGCGGUUUCCAGAACAGAGGAGGGUCACUCCGUCAGGGUGGCGGAGACGGCAAGUGGAAGGGGGCGGAGGGGGAGGGACUGUACCGAGGGAAACACGCCUCCCACAAGUUGAUCAGAGCGGCGACGGUCAGCAGCUACGCCAGGGCAGAUGACUACAGCUCAGUUUGGGGCGACGAAGCGGAGAGGUCACAAAAAUCAGCCCAGACACCCAGGAAAUCUUCCAACAAACUCUGGAAGGGCUUUGAGGGACGCCUCUGGGGCAAAGAGUCCGAGAAUGAAAAGGAGGAGAUGGACAGAGCCGAGUACGGCUACGGCUGGAGGAGGAACAGCAUCGGGAGCUGGAGGAGGGAGCAGAGGAAGAUGAAGACGUCAUCCGGCGGAGGUGACAAGAAGCUGAAAGCAGACAACUCCCCUAUCUUCUCCAAGAAGAGGGGGAAGGAAGAGGGAGAGCGACGCAGCUCCAGCCUCAGGCUUUCCAGGAGGGCUUUGUUCAGGAGCGAGUCGCAGGGCUUGCUGGUGCCUCAGCACUACAAUGAGGAGCCCUCCAGGCGGGCGCACUGGGUCUCCUCCCUGGAUGUCGGCCACGGCGGAAUGGGGAUCGGUAAAAACGAAGGGGUCCGACGACUCAGAGCAAAAGAGGAAGACAAACGUCUGUCCUCUACCGCCAGCCUCUUUAACCUCUCUCGCUCUCAGAGCCUCGAAGGGAGCUGCCAUUCCCUCUCUCCCCUCUCCUCCCCGUCGUUUUCUCCUUCCCCUCCUCCACGGAUGACUCUCCAGCGCUCCAAAUCACUGAGGGAUUUAGGGAGGAGGAUGUUUGGCUCCAUGAGGUCCCUGAGUCUCAGGCGGAAGCCGUCCAAGAAGUGACGUGUACUAUAAACGAACAUCACAGUAGACGCAUCUUCCAUGUGUUAGACUAAAAAA